AUGGCAACGACUCCUUUUCCUGCGAAUUUGAGAGAUGUACACACGGUGGCAUGGAAUGUCUUCCUGGACCCGGACCAAGUUUAUAGUCUGUUCAUGGGAUUCCGCCCUGAGCGCAUGGAGGAAAAGUGGUUCAUCUACUCGGAAGGGCCUGAUCUGUCGGGAAAGCUGAAGGUGCACUUCCACCGGAGCUGGACGGGACACAAGAUUGCGGAGUUGUUUGUUCUGAUAGACCUGAAAGGAGAAGGAGCUGGAAAGAUAGUGGGGAUAAAAUGGAAUGGGAGCGAACAAACGAACGGAAUGGACGAAGAGGAGGCGAAAUACAUGAUUUCGACUACUUGCGCUUGGGUGUUGGGCGUGAAUUUUGAAGAGGCCACAAUAUGA